UGUUUGUCGUGCGUUUGUCCUGCGGAUCUAAUACAAGCAAUCAACGAGACUUUCUAGUCACUGGACACAAAUACGGGCAUACCCGGCAAUCACUCCGGCUUUAGGAGUGGUCAACACUCUAGAGUUUUCUUUCUAUCUCCAUCGUCCUUGCAAGGAAACGAAAGAGCCCGUGCCAGCAACAUGUCGGGAGGAGUCUCGCAGGAGGAGCUCGCUGCUAAACUUGGAGAAGUGGAGAGCACGCUGACGGCGCGCUUUGAAGAACAGCAGGCCAAGGCAGAGGGGAGGAUGGAGCGGCUGCUCAUCGCUUCGAGAGCCUUCUGCCCACGCAGCCCACGCGAGACGGAGGAGGAGGAGGGUCACACGGCGCCGCGGUGGACGGGGGCGCCGUGGGGGGUGCGGUUGGAAUCCCGGAGGGAACCGGGAGGGGUUCCGCCGCAGGGAACCUGCCUGAGACUGUGGGCCCCAGCGCUCGGAAUGACGGCUGGGUCAGCGGGUCUGGUCCCCGAGGAGCCAGCAGGAGGCGGAGGAAAGCCACACGAGGGCAGAGGAACAGGCUCUCAUCACAACCGCGCCCGCCGCAAGGGAAACAGCAACGGCAAAGGCAACGGCAACGAGAGCGGUGGGGGUGGGGCGGAGAAACGGGCACGCGUCCGGUGCUUCCGAUGCGGAAAGAUGGGGCGUCGGAUCGCGGAAUGCCCAACAAAGGAAAGCGACGUUAUCCGGUACGAGGUUUGCACGGGAUUCGGCCACAAAAAGGACCGUUGCCCAAUGGAAGAAGAGGAAGCGGUAAUAGCGGCCGAAAUGUCGCAGGAUGAGCUAGACACGUUGCGUGCGAAGCCUUGUAAUUAGGAAACCCACUAUACCCAGCCCCAACACUCCACGCCCCCAGAUUUAGGGGGGGCGACUUGAGUUCUUGAAACCUGUGCUUUCCAGAUGUAGGGGAAGGCACUGACACUGACACGCACUCCCAGACGUAGGGGGGGGUAGCGAAAAUUUUCGUAGGUGUGCUCUCCAGAUGUAGGGGAGGGUAUCAACACGCACCCCCAGAUGUGGGGGGGGUAGCGCAUAUAUCUCACAGGUGUUCUCUUCAGAAAAAUGGGAGGAGGGCAUCAGUAUACGCCCUCCAGAUGUAGGGGAGGGACGUACAGCAGUGGUUACACAACAGCGCGCCUCCAGGUGUAGGGGGGGCAGCGCCAGCCGACGCACCCCAGACGUGGGGGGCAGUAGUUCCUUACCCGUGCACCUCCAUAUGUAGAUAGGGCAGCACGGGUCAACGCUCUCCAAAUGUAGGGGAGGGCAACUUU